AUGUCCAUCUGGUGCAAGGCUCAAGCUGAUCUAAUGCCAUCAUGGUCAUGCUUCAUUGCAAUCAAAAGGAGAAACUACCGCCACCGCCCACACGUUCUCGCCGUCGCUCCUCUGCUCCAAAUGGCCGACCUCCAUGUCUGUCUGGCCUCGCCGCCGGCGUACGUGCUGUGCGGCACCCACCGAGCACUGUUCCGCUGGUUCGCCUCGGCCAGCAUCUGGUCCACCUGCUCCAGAGUCAAGGCCUUGGUCCAGGGAAUCAGCAGCACUCAUUCUAGCCCCGAGACAGUCCACGAUGUUCUGGGCCUGCUUGCCGUGCCGCUUCCGGGGGCCUACCCCGACUCUGUCCCGCAGACCCCUGAAGAACACACACACACGAUGCGAACCGAGCGGCAACCCGACCUCAUGCAGCCAGAGCAGCAGCUGCACCACCGCCAGCGCCACAAGCUGCACAAGCCCGGCGACCGCCGCGGUCACAAAUACUCCGAUUCCGGCGUCGGUAUGACUGCUGACGAGCCUAAACUGUUUCAGCCCCUCCCUCCCGUGCUCCGCCCUAUCCGCCCGCAAGAGUCCAUCAGGCCCAAUCUGGAGACGGCGAACCUGCCGCACGGCAUUCAGGAUGAUCGAGUACAAGCUCCUGACAGCAAUGACAGCGGCCUGGAGCAUGCUCUUGCUGCCGGCGACGCGGUAGAACCCGGAAUGGGGUUCACAAACGACGAGACGGCGGCUCUCAAUAAACCUCUCCCUCAGGAUCCUUCUCCCUACGGGGGCAGUCUCCCCGAGGGAACCGCCGGAGGGGUUCACAACUCGGUGGUUGGCCACGGCAGCGCCACGGAUGACCACGCCGAGCACCACCACCUCCCUCCAAAGGGGAGUGGCGUUUACAACACUGUAGUCGGCCACGGCAGCCAGGAUGAGGAGUCCCGGCGCCACCGCCAAACCCGCAACACGGACGGCGCCAGUCCCGACGAUGAAUUUUUUACUCCUCCGCUGCCCGACAUCCCCGAAGAGAGGCAGAAGGAUCCCGGUCUCACUGCUACGUUCUCAGAUGCCCCGCAGAUCGCCCCUGGCUUCCUGCCGGCGACCGCAGUCCGAGACGAUGUCGCUCCCAUCCCCCGCCGCAGAUUGAGCCAACUACUCGCCGAUCCUUUCCUUUGGUCCCAGCUGGUGCGGGCGGUCACGACAAACGGCGACAGUUAUUUCCCUCUAGAUCCGGCACUGCCGCCGCCGGAGCUGCCGGUCUCGGGGCGGGACUGGCUGCUUCCGAGUUUCUGGACCAGCGCCGGGAUGACAGCGGGAGGAGCGGUGGCGGGCAAGCGAAGGCCAUCUUCACAGGCUCUUCCGGAUGAGAAGACUGGAAGCUACUGGGACGAGUCGCCGAAGGGCAAGAGGAAGCACAAGAUCCUUGGCAUCUUCCACCGCCACAAACACAGCAGCAAGGGGGAGCACACUGGGCCCCGCAGAAAGUCCAGCGGCGACGCAGCCUAUCCCGUGAAGGAGGAUGUCACGAAUGUGGACAACUCAACCCGUCUCCGUAAGCACACCAGGGGCUACCGUUCUUCUCCAGCAGGAAAGGCCGCCACGGCCGGCUGUGACAGCCAUGCCAAGGAGAAGGCAGCCGCUGGGGCAGCUGUCGGAGCGGGCGGGUUUGGCCUCUUGCGUCAUCGCAAGAAGCACAGCAUCGGCGAGAAGAACGAGGACACGACAAGCCGAUUUAGCCCUCUGCUAACUGCGGAUGCUGGCGGAGCUGGGCCUGCAGGGGAGGUGCCACGACAGGUCGAACAAGUAUCGACUCCGUACGAGCAUCCCAGGGAGCCGCCGCUGCCACCGCAAGCGGGGUCCGCCGGCGGUGGUACUGCCGGAGGUCCGGGCCACUACAGCCUCCUCGCAAGCGGCACCCCGUCUGGCAAGCAGCAUGUCGUGGGCGCUCAGCCCGGCACCCGAGGGACCACGACCAACGAGCCCGGGAACUACAACACACUCGCCUCAGGGACACCUUCCGGUCUUAACGCUGUCCCUGCUGCGGGAUCUACGGGAAGGAAUGUCGUAGCGGACGAGCCCCGCGACUACAGCGCCCUCGCAUCUGGAAUCCCUUCCGGCAUCAUGCGGGACUCUGCCGUCUCCGCCCCGGAGACCGCAGACCACAACGCCGCGAGUGGAGCGGCCGAGGGCAGCGGGGAUACCGCAGAGUACAACGUCCUCUCCUCCGGGACUCCGUCCGGCGUGAAGGUCAAGCCCAAGUCACCGCGCCAAGCCAUCCACGGCACCGACCGCGCAGCGCCUGCCCGUGACCAGGCCGGAAAUCGGCAGCCCCGUGCGGCCGGGAUCCUGGACAGCCAUUCCGUGUCGGAGCCAACCGCCCCGGCAACCAGCGGACCAGACAGCACAACAGCCAGCCACCCCGACACCGGCCCGGCAGUUCAGCCGUCCUUCCUCACGGCCACGCCACCCCCCUACGGGCGCGCCACCUCGCACCCGAACCCCAGCCAAGAAUCCGUUCCCGGGGUCACCACCUACCCGCGCCCGGAAGCGGCGCACAACAUGAGCCCGGAGGUCAUGCCCACGUCCUACACCACCAUUACCACCACCGCGCCACGCGCCGGGGAGCCGGGCCCCGCCGCCGAGCCGCAUCCCCAUCCCCAACCGAGCACCGGCACCGGACCAGGCUCGUGCACCAGCGCCGGGAUGAGCCCCGCUGUCACGCCGAGGGGGCACAUGGCGUUCGUGGCGGACCGCCACCGAUCUGCCGGCGAUCAGCCCGAGCCGGAAGGGCAUGUCGACACGGAAAAGGACAAGGCCAAGGACAAGGACGGCACCGCCGCCGCUGUGCAAAGGCCGAGGAAUAUGCGCGAGCGGGAGGGUGCGCGUGCGCCUGCGCGCGACCCCGCGCUGGCGGCUGCCUCGGCCUGGUGGGCGCACGCGGAGCGGGGGGAUGGUGGCGCUCGUGCUCCUGCUUCUGAUGCUGCUGCUGCUGCUGCUGCUGCUGCUGCUACUGCUUCUGCUGCUUCUGCUGCUGCUGCUUCUGCUGCUGCUUCAGCUGGUGCUGGUGGUGCUGCUGCUGGCGGUGGUCAGGGGGAAGGGGCGCGAAGUGCAGGUGGUCGGGGUGGUGGAGGGCUGGGCCCGGGAAAGAUUGUGCACCGGUGUGAGCACUGCGGCGGGGAGAAUGAUAUCAGUAGGUACUUUGCGCAGGUUCGGCCGGGGCGGUUGUGACGUUCGCUUUUGGGGGAGGGGUUGGUGGCGGUUAUGUAACAUUGGAAUAUAAGCUUGGAUGGUGAGGGAGGAGAGUGGUAAGUUGUAACUUGUUGGACGGCCUGCCCGUGUUUUGCUUUCUAUACCCGGCAACAACAGUUGUGCUGUAUUAUUAUCUACUACACGAUACCUUGACUAUUCUGUU